CAAUUCAACGCCGCAGCUGUAGGUGAUAAGCUGCUGCCUCUCUAGAACAAGCCCCAAACGCGUCACCUUCGCCGUGUAUACAUAAAAAAACCUGUCUUUUUUCGCUUUCACCAAAUACACUACAAAUUCAUUUCUACUCUCCUAGAUUUAUGCUGAUCUACCUUUUUUACUUCUUCAUCGCCUAUCUCAUCAUGGCGCAGAGCAUUCCCCAGAACGUAAUCCAGGGCUUGCGAACUAUGCUAUCGCUGGGGAGCCAGAACGACAAUGAGACGAGCUCUUCUUCUUCUGGGGGGUUGACGCCCGUGGAUGUGGUUAUUACGCGAAUCAUGCUCACGAAGGGGAAGAAGCUUCCGCCGGGUGUUGUCGAUGUUAUCUUGGACUUUGCGGAGUAUUGGGCGCAUUCGAGUAAUGAGGUUGAUUAUAUCGCUGAGCACUCGAGCCCUCUUCGCGUCAACGGCCAAAGCCCCUCCGAGAACAAAUUCCUUCUUCGAUCGUUUCCUGUGGGUCUGACGGGUAUUCAAGGCAAGAAAGCACUUGCUGAAGUGUUGGCGUAUGAUCUGAACGAGGCGAAACCGGCGCCUUUAAAGACGGAGCAUGAUGCUUCAUAUUUUGCAAAGUUGGCUGAUUAUCCUACCCCGAAAUUACUCCACCCUGUGAGAAAGGUGGUCUUUACGAUACGGAGUAAGGAUCAGGGGUGGGGUGGUGAACCGGAUAAUCGACAUACGUAUAACGGAGCCUGGACGUGGUUUGAAGCUGGUCUUGAGAAGUUUGACGCCGAACAGACUUGUGAUCCAAACUGCACAUACGACGCCCGCUUCAAAUCAGCAUCUUCCGUAGCAUCACCCCUCGCCGUCUGCGCCCUCCGCCCUCUCUACCCCUCCAUCGUCCCCAAAGGCAACGACAAGUUCGCAUACUCGCAUCCUCUCGCACACCAAGAGAAAUGGACCAUCGUUCGCAACAAGACGGCUCACCGCGCUUGGCAAGACCAUGUCAUUACGUGGGCGUGGGACGACGAUGCCAAGCCUGACUCUGAAGCUGCUGUCAAGAUGAAGGCUGAGGAGGGCAGGGGUGAGGAGACGGGUGAUGGGUGGUUCGUGAGGGAUUUGAAGAUGGGAGAUGUUGUUACGGUCUGGGCAAAGGCCAGGUUUGGGGGUUGGGUUAAUCAUAUUGAGAAGGUCAAGAUUGAUGUUUACUGGGCUGUUUGAGCGAUGGCCUGUGGGAGCACCUACGGAAUGAGGGACGGAGUAUGAGUUAUGAUUAGUCGCUUCACUUACAGCCCUAUAAAUGGGAAAUGAAUCAAUGAGUAUACCUACUGCG